UUUGGUAGUGACAUUCAGUUUCUAAUAGUUUCUUCAUUGUUUUGUGCGUUUUCCAGUGCAGUUUUACAAAAACAAUCACCUGUGCAUAUCUCAAUUUCACAGAGAUCGUCAUCAGACUUCCGUGAAGAAAACUAUUUAAAAAAAAAUUUGUUUAUUCUCAUAAAAGCUUAUAAAUCGCAGCGCAAUGAUGACAAACAGAUUCGCGUUCUGUGCUUUGGCAUUGCUGAUCAUUUGCCUGUUGGCCAUCUCAAGGACCGAUGCAGCCCCCAUGCCCAGGUAUCAAAGCUCGAACAACGGCUACGGCGGAUACAACGAGCUCGAGGAGGUGCCCGAUGACCUUUUAAUGGAGUUGAUGACACGCUUUGGACGCACCAUAAUUCGAGCACGUAACGACUUGGAGAAUCCAAUCUUCAACAGCUCGAAGCGGACAGUGGACUUUGGACUGGCGCGCGGCUAUUCUGGAACUCAGGAGGCGAAACAUCGCAUGGGUCUGGCAGCAGCCAACUUUCCCGGCGGACCAGGACGAAGGCGACGUUCGGAGACCGAUGCUUAAAUGGGCAAUUACGAUGAUAACGAUGAUAUGAAAGCUACAAGAAAUUAACAACUAUAGCAUUUAUUUUUGAUUUCAAAUUAACUUUAUCUUAAUUAUUAUUUUGAACGUAUUCCACAAAAUUUGCCAGAAUAUUAACUAAAUUCAAUUUAAUUGUAUUUCUAUGGCUAUUAAGUAUUACGCACUGUAUAUACAUACAUGUAUACAUAUAUACUUUUAACGCACAAGCGUGGAAAAUAUCGAAAAUAUUCGCGUUACAGUUAAAGAAAAACAAAACAAACAAACAAGUUCUCAAAUACAUACAUUAGUGUUACAUAUAUACAUGUAUGUAUUGCAAAAAUAUACCAAUGCAAGGUACAUAAAUCUAUAUAACAAUAUACGUUAAACCGUUGCUCCAAAGUUGAUAGAGUUUAUGCACCCUCAAUCAAUUAAUACCAAGAUCAUGAUACCCUCUCGCUCUCUCGCUCGUUUUAAUGUUUAACACAUACCAAAGAAGAAAAAAGAAAAAGAAAGAAACAAUGAACAAAUUAAUCAACUAUUUAGUGAAAAUAUUAAUAUAAGUAUGAUACUAAAAUAAACAACUUAUUGAACUGUAUAAAACUCGCGCAAAAAAUCUUUAAAUAGGUAUGCCUUAGUAUUAGCACACUCAAUUACACACACUCACACUGAAAUACACAUACGUACACACACACA